AUCAUUUUAAAAUUGUACCGGGCAACACUGCUAAUAUUGUUGAUAUCAUUAAUGGUUCAUUCACCAUCUUUGUAAUUUGAUACUCAGAGUAUAGUGUUUUCAAACGUGAGCUUAUUAUGGCACUUCUAGCGAGCUCCGAUGACCAGUUCAAGUACGAUUUCAAGAUGUCUGCAACAGUUGACACAGUUUUAAGCGAGAUAGGCGGUUAUGGAAGAUACCAAAUAUUUUUGUUACAGUUGGUUGGCUUCAUUGAAUUCGGUCUCUCUGCUUUUAAUGUUAUGAUUAUAACUUUUAUCGCUGGAGAACCUACUUGGGAAUGUGCCGAAAGCAGUGUCACUUGCAAUUUUAGCGGCACAAUCGACACAACAAGUAGCGAUUACAAUAAAAGAUGUGAAAUGCCUCGAUCGGAAUGGAAAUUUUCCGAUACUUUCACGUCCACAGUUACAGAGUUUGAGUUGGUUUGUAGCAAAAGCUUUCUUCAAAAUGUUUCUUCAUCUCUGUUUUGGUUGGGUUGGCUAAUGGGAAACCUUCUAUUUGGUCAUAUAUCUGACAAGGUUGGCAGACGAAAAGCUAUAAUCUCUUCUGUGAUUGCCUGUUCUAUCUUUUCUUGGGCCAUUGUUUGGCCAAGAUAUCUUGCUGUGUAUAUUGCUUGUCGUAUCCUUAUUGGAAUUACAUGUGCUGGUUCAUCAAUGACAAGUUUUGUUCUCCUUGUUGAGUACAGUGGUGUUAAACAUCGAUCGUGGGCAGGGAGCAAUAUCUGGUACUAUGGCUCAGCAUGUUUUAUGUUUCUUUCAUUGAUGGCCUAUUUGAUCAGAGAAUGGAGAGACUUGCUUUUGUAUGGUGCAUGUUUAACAAUCCCUGUCAUUUUUACUUCGUGGUUUCUUCCCGAAUCAUGUCGUUAUCUUUUGGUAAACAAACGUCAUGAUGAAGCUAUUAAACAGUUGAAAAAAGUGGCCAAAUGGAAUCGUAAAACAUUUCAAGAGGUGGAGUUAGAAGUUCCAAAGGAAGUUGAAAAUGAGAAAAGUGAUGUUAGAGACCUUUUUUAUGACAGAAAAAUUAGCAUGAUUACUAUUGCAAGCUGGAUAUCAUGGUUUUGUUGUGCACUUGUGUAUUACGCAGUCACAUACGGUUCUAUUUAUCUUGGAGGAAAUAUUUAUCUGAAUUUUGCUCUGGUCAGUCUUGCAUCCAUACCAUCAACGUUUACAUCGAUUAUUUGUAUGAACAAAUUUGGUCGCCGUAAGUCUCUUAUUUAUGGCAUGAUAAUUUCCUCAAUAGCCUCAAUAAUCGCGGUUGCUAUUCCAACAGACAGGUCUAAUACAGGUUAUACGAUCGGGCGUAUAAUUAUGGCUAUGAUUUGUAAAUAUGCAAUUCUUGUUUCAUUCAACACUGUUUAUAUCUAUAGCUCAGAGUUAUUUCCUACCUCAGUACGCACGAUUGGUAUUGGAACAUCCUCCGCAUUUGCUAGAAUUGGUUCAUUUUUGUCACUUUAUGUUGUUUGGUUGAUCCGUAUUCAUGCAUUAUUGCCGUACAGUAUUGUUGCGGUUCUGUGUGCAGUAACUGGAGCGAUAUGUUUUAAGCUUUUGCCUGAGACAGUGAAUAAACCUACACCAGAAAGUAUGAGGAAUUUUGUUGAAAUGAAUUUGAAAAUGGAGACUUAGUGAAUGGCAAAGACGAAGAAAAUAAUAGCAAAGUUUAAUAGUCGACAUCCUGAACAAGAUUUUUUCGUUAUACUAAAAGACUAGUGGACGAAACAAUAAUUGAAAGAACUCUUCUCUUUUUUCUCAAAGGCUCGAAGAUGACACUAUUGAUCAUCCAGUCGCUAUCUUUUUUUCUUUAUCGCGUGUUUGUUGAUGUUGUACUGGUAGAAACAUUGCUAUUUGAGUUUUUUAAUUAAAUUUUUAUAUGGUCGAAGGAA